UCCGUUACCCGACGUUAUUGAUUUAAAUCCGCUGAUCGGAAAUCAGUAUUCACCCUCAUGCUUUAAAGAUAACCAUAGCGUAAGGCGAACGAUAUAACCGACUCGAAGUCAGUCGAGCAGUCCAACAACAGUGGUUUACUGCUAUUGUCACGGGAUGCGCUUCAUCCAACGAGGUCGUAAAGUAAACACAGUCAGUCUGGCAGCAGCAAGCAGCGAAAGGAACGAACAAGACUGAAACCAACACAAAUUAGCGCCUGUGGGGUUAAAACAGCCACUUGACGGGAUAAAAGGGGGAGGUAAGUGCCUUCAAAGUUAAAUACUGUAACACGAUAAGUGAGAAUGUUUUGUUUGUGCGUGGUGGUCAGAUGUCAGCAAGCUAACCUGUUUGCUAACGCUAGCUGCUAUUUGUCCCAUUGGAUAACCUGGGAAUGAAAGUAGUAAUCAUAACGUCAUUUAUCAUUCCCUUUUUAUCAUUUGUCAUAAUGAUUCGAGGUUUUGGAGUCACCCCAUUUAGGCGUCCUUUGAUCUCAAACAUUUUAGAUAUGAUUAAAUGUUUUGUUGUUGUUGCUUUAAAGGUAAUUAUUGUUUAAGUCAUCAUUGUAGAGCUGCAGUAUUCUUGUAUCUGGGUAUGUGUUACAAUAGCUACCACCAGUGUUGGGAAGAUGACUUAGUUACAAUUACAAGUUACCCUGUUGAAAAUGUAACAGUGUAAUUAUUGCAACUGCUGUCUCAAAGUACUAUAACUAAUUAUAUUUGUUACAUGUUGAUUACUUUUCUUAAUGUUGAAUUGAAUUGCAUCACCAGAACCCUUGGAUGAUUCCUCUAAAAAUGUCGAUUUGAACGAUAGAUCAUGAUUUUGGAAUUAACCACGUAUUUGUUCUAUUAACAAUUAAUAAACUGAUGUGAAUACAUAAUUUAAAAAAUAUGUUUGUUACAAGUCACUGAUGGUGUAGUGGUACACUCGUCUGACUUUGGUGCAGGCAGCGUGGGUUCAGUUCCCACUCAGUGACGUUGUGAAUGUGAGUGUGAAUGGUUGUCCGUGUCUAUAUGUGCCCUGCGACUGACUGGCGACCAGUUCAGGGUGUAGUCCGCCUUUCGCCCGAAGUCAUCUGGGAUAGGCUCCAGCGUCCCGCGACCCUAACCAGGAUAAGCGGUGUUGAAAAUGGAUGGAUGGAUGUUUGUUACAAUAUAUGUAGUGUACAGCAUGUGGAAAACCACCAGACCAUGUUGACCUAAUGACAAAUUUGAACAAUUUAGACAAAAGCGCUUUAUAUGAGUCUGGUAAGAAUGGUCACUUUCAACACACCAAGAAUUUUUAAAAUCAUGAUGGGUUCCGGAGAAAUAGAGUUUUUCGCGUCGGAAAAAAAUGGCUUUUUGGGGGAAUGCUUUUGUGUGAUAUCACCUAUAGUAAAUCUGGUCAAAAAACACCUUCACAUUAGCGUAAAACAGUAUAACUUUAUUAUUCCUCAACAUACAAUAUCUCCUUGACCCUUUCUUUUCGUCUGUCAUUCUGAGACCCAUUUGCUGAUUGGCUGACAAGUUUCAGACACGAUGGAGAUGCUGUUUUUCCGCUUGCCCGUCCAUGGGGACAUGACCCUCAAACACAUGAAUUCUCUGAGGUCUCACCAGCACUUUUGUGACGUCACCAUUUUGACCAGCAACAACCAAACAUUCAGCGGACACAAGGUAGUGCUGGCUGCUUGCUCACCCUUCUUGAGAGACCAGUUCCUCCUUAGCCCCUCCUCUAAGCUUCAGGUGUCAAUGCUGCACAGCUCCUCAGUCAUGUGUGAUCUGCUGCAGUCCUGCUACACCGGUGUUAUACAAUUCAAACCUGAGGAGAUAGUCAACUACUUGACUGCCGCAAGUUACCUUCAGAUGGAGAAUAUCGUAGAGCACUGCAGGGAUGCUCUGAAGAAGUACAUGCAGCUGAAAAACCCCAAUCCACUGAAUGUUAGUCACCCAAAGAUAACUACAGAAGAGAGACUCCCUCAGCCCGUGAUUGUCAGUGGCAGCAUUCAUUCCAUCGGCAGCCGACCUCCCGUGCACAGUCCUGAAGUGCACUUGGUGGAAGAGAACAGUACGCAGGACAGCAGUCCGGACAAUGAUUGUACUCCAUUGGUGGAAAAAACUUGUGUGAAGGAUAAUGCAUCGGACCAGGGAGGAGACACCCACCGUGACGUGUUCCAAGUUUACAUCUCUGACGAAGAGCAGAACAGUAUCAAGGAGGAAGAGCCCGGAGCUCCCACUGAGGAGCCUAUGGAUGCCUGUUCCCCUGCAACAGAGGGGAUUGUGGGAGGAAAUAGCUGCGACUAUGACUUGAAUCCAACAGCUGAAGGUCCUGGCACGGAUGGCUUCCCAAGGGAAGGACUGCGCGCUUUCAGACACAGGUUAUCUGAACCUGGUCGAGGUCGAGGGAGAGCAAUGGGGAGGGGUUUAAAGAGGAGACGCUGGGUGUCAUCUCAGGAGAAAAAAUCUCCUCGAUCAGCCUCCCAAGAUUUGUGGUAUCUCGCAGGGACAGCGGGCGGCUUUGGGAUGGACUUCAGCGAAGGGCUCAAGACAGGAAGUUUUUUCUCAGUCGACCUCCCUCGAUUGGACAUAAGUUUAGAUGACGCUCAGGGGGACAAGUCCUUGCCACUGGCCGCCAAUAGUUUGACACAUUUUGCAGUGGAUGACUCGGGCGAUGCCGGUGAGGUGGGUUGUGGGUUGAAUACCGCUACGAGCGAGGGAGGGGACGAAUCUGUUGCCGUGGUGGGUUCCACUUCCAGCGUAACCGGCCCCGUCAUCUGCGAGCACUGCGGCGUGACGUGCCCCUCGACUCACGCCCUCGCCAUGCACUACUGCUCCGCUCACCAGGUGUACGCUUGCCCGUUCUGUGACAAGCAGUUCCAUCACUCGUACAACUUGAACCGACACAUGGCCUUGCACCGAGGCAACGGCAAACCCCACCAGUGCCCCCUGUGUUCCAAGGGCUUUACCCAGAGGUCUACGCUCAUCGAUCACAUGAACCUCCACAGCGGCGAGCGCCCCCACCGCUGCGCGUAUUGUCACGCCCGCUUCGCCCACAAGCCUGCCUUACGGCGCCACCUGAAGGAGCAGCACGGCAAAACGACAGUGCAGAAUUCCAUCCACGAGCAGGAGGAGCGAGAGAGAUCGCUCGGGAGGAUACGAGAAGAAGCACAAGAAUGUCCAGUUACUGAGCAAGCGUCUUAAAAACCAAAGAAUUUAAGGCUAAACUAGUUUAAUCAUGUAAACGUAGUUUAGCAGUGAGGCCUUUUAAAUCUCUGUGUAAUGUUGGUCUUAUCGAACUUUAUUUAACUUUAAUUUUAUUAUUUUGUAUGUGUAGAGUCAAGAUGUGUUUGGUGGAAAAAAAAUCUACAUUUUUAAAAAUAUUUUUUUGCUGUUAAAAAUAUGCUGUUUUUAGUGAGUGUAAAUAUUUUAUUCAAUGUAAACGACAUUCAGAGGAACCUUUGGGGGCAUGCAAACCUAAAAGUCUUCACACCUAUUGUUCUUAAAUAUGAGGUUUGUUAAAUCUAUGAUUCCUUUCAAGCAUCAAUGACAUGGACCUCUGGUAAUUACUGUUGUUCAAAGAAAUAAAUGUUUUAAGUAUGUUUUCUUGUUAAUUUACAUCACGCGUACGUUUUUAGAAGGUUGAAGCGAAAAUGUCAGUUGCAAGAUUCAAACACGAAUAUUGCACAGGCAACUCGCAGCUAGCAGUAACACUGUAAGUACGGAGUUAUUCAUUAAUAACUUUAUGCUGUGGUAGAGCACAGUUAAUCCCAAAAUUUAUCACAUCCUCUCCAAAUUUUGGGUCAAAGUAAAAUUAUUUGGUGAAUAGUUAUCUUUUAGUUGGAAAUGACACAGGAAAGUCUCAAAAGACUUCAUCAUGUGUAAAGAGAUUUAUUUUAUUAUCACAACUUCAAAAACAUUUUGACCAAACAGUCCAUGUCCAAAAGUUGAAAUACUGUUUUUCCAAAUCAAGUUUCGUAACUGUAUCGUUGUUUAUGGAUGAUAAUAUAAUUUAACAGGAUCCUCUGGAAAGGUCCAAAAUG